AUGAGCGCGGAAGCGCUGGGUACCUGUCACCUAGGGCAACCAGCGGCUGCUGGCAAUGCUCCUCGAGCAAGACGUGGCUGUGCCAGAGCUGCGAGCGCUGGUAAUGCCAGGCUUAAAGUGCGCAGCUUUAACAUUGGCGGGGUCACCAGUCCAGUCUACGACAUGCUGCAUCACUGGCUCACUACAGAGUGUGAGGAGGAUAUCAUCAUCAUCCAAGAACUACACUGGGGCUGCGGCCAGUCGGACACGACCUGGCAGAUACCAGGAUGGUCAAUGGUGGUCAGUGCGGACCUAGGCCAGCGCUUUGCUGGUGUAGGAGUCUUCAUCUCACAUCGCGUGGUGCCGCCAGACUGCAUUAGCUAUCGCACGCAUAUACCGGGACGGCUACUGCACGUUCGCUGCACUGACGACAAGAAAACGCUCGACGUUAUUGCAGGAUACCAGUGGGUGCGAACUGAUAGUGGUCAAAAGAGUACGGCAGAUAAGAGGAGCCUAUUCUGGAACCAGCUUGGGACAGUGCUGCAUCAGAUUCCCACACGUAACCUUGUCGUGGUAGGUGCUGACUUCAACACACAGUGUAGAUCUCUUCCAGGGCUGAUUGGGCGUGGGCUUCUUGAGACCAAACAAACCCCUGACCCCGAACUGGAAGCCCUCCUUACUGAACAGCAACUGGUCCUGCUCAACACUUGGGGUCGUGCUAGCAAGCUGCACAGUUACACGUAUCAAUUUGAUGAUGUGCGUAGUCAAAUCGACUUCAUUGCUAUGCGCAGACCCACUGUUGAUCGACAAGCCCGGCUUGCGCAGCCACAGCCAUUUGAUCUGGCGCCCUGGAGAGGUGGUUCCAAGCAUCGUGCUAUUGUUGCCAGCAUAUCUUGGCGAGCCGGUUGGACCUUUCAUACCCGAACACCCAAAGCCACUAGGUUCGAUAUGACUCUUCUUAGACAAUCCCUCAAAGCCUGGAGCCCCAAAGCGCAAGAACUGCAGUCCUGUGUGCAAGCUACCCUUUUGCAGGCGGACCCUAAUACCACUCUGCAACAGCUCAAUGUCAAGAUGCUGAAGCAUUGUGCACGCCUUUUUCCGUCUGCCAAAGCGGUGUCGAGAAAGCCAAGUACGCAGGAGGCAGUAGUCGAUAAUGUUAAGGCGGUUCGCGUUGCGCAGCAGGCGCUUGCACAGGCUAGGCGUGCCCCGGGGAACAAGCUAGGACUUGGGCGAAUACUUGAAGUUUGGCGUCUUGCCACCGCAUUGCAGCGGCGUGGCCGCCAACUGCGUGCUGCAAGCACGCAAGCCAGACGUCAGUGGUUUGAGGAACGCAUUGAGGAGGCGGAGCAUGCAGCUAAGCGUCAGGAUCUAGGUGCGGUUUAUAGAGUCAUCAAUGUCUUAGCUCCAAGGAAGAGGUUUGAGAAGGUGCGCAUUCGGGAUGCUCAGGGUUCAAUGCUAGGGCCACAGGCUGAGUUCAGGGAGAUACUGCACUACUUCCAAACAGCGUUCGAUGGGCACCCGCCUGCUAGUGUGCAGCCGACGGGGACUGUGCAGUUUGAAGAGGCUGAAAUCUUGGGUGCCAUCACGCAGCUUAAAACCGGCAGGUCAGUUCCUCCAGACAGUGCGCCGGCAGAGCUCUGGAGACUUUGUCCAGAGGAAUAUGCAGCCAAGCUUACAGCCGUUCUCAAUGCUGCGUGUCUUCACGGCAAUUGCCUGCCUCGGGAAGUCACGGACUGUGCUCUGGCUCUGCUCCCCAAACCACACAAGGUCAGCAAGCGACCAGCGGACCUUCGUCCACUAGGAUUGCAGGACCCCAGCUCCAAGAUCCUAGCCAUCACAGUGCGUGAACGCCUGGAGGUCUCUGUGCAAGAUUUCGUAAACUCCAGGUCCCCACAGAUCGUGAGGAGCCAGGGCAUGCAGGCCCCGCUCCUCGGACUGAGCACAAUGGGCGACAUGGAUGCCGACAUGCAGGCGCAGGAGGAAGCCCGGGCCAGAGAGGAGAAGGAGGACGAGUAUCGAAGGGCCAAGUGGAGGCGGCCGGACUCCAAGGGGGGCAAAGGCUCCUCACAAGGUGGCUGGCACCAGUCUUGGUCGGCAAAGCGCCAGUGGCACGACUCGGCCCAGAACUCCUCGGGGGACCAGGCUCCGGUGAUGGACCAGGCCACGCAGGAUUUGCUGAAGAAUAUGGUCCGUGUCGUGCUGAGGCACGAGACGGAGAUUCAGCGCUUCAAGCAGGAUGUCGGCUUCAUGGUCUUCAUCGAUACUUCGGGCCUCGGGUGUCUAUCCAACCUCAGGGCAGUGGCGGACAAUUGGCAAGAGCAGUAUGCUCAGGGCAAGGUUCGCAACUCGCUAAAGCUGCUCCUGUUCCUGGCUAUGCUGGAGAUGUUAAAGAACAAGGCCGAGGAAACCCUUCAGGACGAGGAGCGUCUCCAACGCUGCAUGAAUGUGGGCUGGACGGUCCAGGGCGAGACGGCCCUGAGUCCAGCAUGGGUUUAUCAUGCUUGGGACCCAGCUUCCCGCAAGCAGAUCGUAGCGGAGACGCCGCCCAUGAAGCACUCCGAAGCGCUGCGACAGAUAGACCUGCUGAUCCAGCACUCAGCGAGGGAUGGGGUCCUGAAAAACUUCAAGACGGCCAAGAAGAUGUCGGCUACAGACACCUACAAGGUGGAAGUCCUUCCUUUCAUGGCCUCGAUCGGCCUACGAGGGGAGUCCAGCCAGAUUUGCUUCGAUGCACUGAGAGCCCUGAGCGGCUUGGCCAUCACCAAGCUGAUCGGGGCGCGUAUCAGGCCGGAGCGGGGCCAGGAGACCCAGCUCGUCAAGCAGAUGAAGGAGUCCUACAUGGGGACUACAUACUGCGAUUGGGCCCGUCGGGAGGCGCCGUGGAACAGCGAUGCCUAG